CCGCGCCAGCUAUCACCAGUUUCCCCCGAAUAUCCACUUCAGUUGGGCUCGGUGUUGUAUCAGGUGGCGUGGAAAGUAUCUUCCACUUUGUGACACCUUUUUCAAUUUGCCAUUGAGGUGUUCUCCCCGGAUUAGCCGAUUGGGAAAAGUGACCCAACUCGCACGAUUAUGUUACAACCUCGGUUGGCUCUGACGGGCCUCCGCCUGCCCUUCAGAUGUCUCUCCGCGCGUUCGCUUCGUCCGUACUCGACCGUCCGUGAACAAGAAGAUCCUUCUCCCGCGGAACCGGCUACCGCGACCUUCGACCCGACCAUUACUUUCGCUCCCCCGCCCACUCGUGAUGACGCCGGCGUUAACAUUCGAUCAUAUAAGCCCCGGACGCCUGGUAUCCGACAUUUGCGCCGGCCGGUCAAUGACCACCUCUGGAAAGGACGUCCGGUACAGAAGUUGACGUUUCCCAAACGGGGUCACGGGAAGGGUGGUCGUAACAACACGGGCCGAGUGACCGUCCGGCAUCAAGGUGGUGGUCACAAGCGCCGUAUUCGAACGGUUGAUUUCUUGCGAGAUGCGCCGGGCCCCCAGUUGGUGGAGCGCAUCGAACACGAUCCGGGGCGGAGCGCGCACAUUGCUCUGCUUCGCAACCAAGAGACGAAGCGGCUGACUUAUAUCGUGGCGGCUGAGGGUAUGCGUGCGGGGGAUGUGGUGGAGAGUUACAUGCCCGGCAUCCCCGAGCAUCUGUGGAAGAGCAUGGGCAGUACCGUUGAUCCCGGUGUCCUCGCGGCCCGAACGGCUUGGAGAGGAAACUGCCUGCCGCUGCACAUGAUGCCCGUUGGUACGCUGAUCUUCAACGUUGGCUUGCGUCCGGGCAAGGGAGGUCAAUUGUGCCGUAGCGCGGGGACCUUUGCCACCGUCAUCGCCAAGGGGACCAACCAGCUGGCGGCCGCUCAGCAAGCCGAGGCGGAAGCGGAAGAGGAAACUGGAGAGAAGAAGCGCGUUUCGCAGCGCGAGCAGCAGAAGAUGGACCGCAUCGCCCAGCACGUUACCAUCCGCCUCCAGAGUGGUGAAGUCCGUUUGAUCCAUAAGGACUGCUGUGCCACCGUGGGAGUUGCCAGUAAUCCCAACCAUCAGUACCGACAACUGGGUAAGGCCGGACGGUCUCGCUGGCUGAACAUCCGACCCACCGUUCGUGGUCUUGCCAUGAACGCCAUGGACCAUCCCCACGGUGGUGGUCGUGGUAAGUCGAAGGGUAACGUCAACCCCAAGAGUCCUUGGGGCAUGCCGGCCAAAUCGGGCUACAAGACUCGUCCCAAGUGGAAGAUCAACAAGGCCGUGGUCACUCCGAGAGUCCGCAACCAGGGCAAGCGUCGCAGAGGAAACUAAUAGAGCGACAGUAUCUACACACUCCUGUCGUUGGCCCUUCUUCUCAUUUACAUCUCAUGUUCCUCUUCCCCUUUACGCCAAGAUCACGCCUCCCACCA